AUGGCUCCUCUUCCCGCUCUACGCAGAAGCAAACGCCCCCCGAAGCCCAGCCAGAAGCGCAAGGAGAGCGGUCGGGUGACCGCCACACAGAAGCAGAGCCGGAAGCGCGAGGCUAGCGGUCCGGUGACCGCUUCACGCAGAGGCGGACGCCUCCCGAAGCGUAGCCAGAAGCGCAAGGCUAGCGGUCCGGUGACCGCUGCCACACAGAAGAAAGCGAAAGUGGUGACAGAGCCCGCAGAAGACACAAGUGAUCCAGUUGCACAUUGGGCGGCCACGACCCAGUGGCCAACGGACCUUUCCAUCAUAGCGUCGGAGCGUCCGUCGUCAAGUCGUCAUUCCUCAACAACAACAACAACAACAACAACAACAACAACAACAACAACAACAACAACAACAACAACAACAACAACAACCGAGGAGCGAGACGGUCCCAACUCGAUAUCCCGGGCCAGCAAGAAACUCAUCAAAGAGAUGUUGAAGGCUCACUAUGACGACGAGCCGCACUUUGAAACGGGUAUUCCCGAGUUCCUCGAGGGCCUAUUGGGUCAGUCAUGGCCGCCUGGCUGGCCUGGAGAAACCACGACCCUCGGCCUAAAAGCCAAACUCUUUACGACAGCAGAGCUUGAAAAGCUAAAAUCCUUUCUCCCCGAGCAUCAAGUCGUUGUGGAUGACACUCUCAAGUCUGAAGCUGAGGAGGUUUUGACGGAACGCUGCAGUACCGCCCUCGAUACCCUUAUCAACCUACACUCGCGGGUCCUGGGAGAUGACGAAGCAUCGAGGCUGAGCGGCGAGGUCCUGCUCUUCUCAAUUGCUCGCGACCGUGAAACCAUCAAGAUAAGCGGACAUUAUCCCAUCAUUGAAGGAGCGGAAACGACAUUCCAUCGCUAUAUAGCUAGGGAAGCCCGUCUAGGCCCUCGGGGCAUAUGGGAGAAUUUCAUCGCUGGAAAGGAGUGUUAUGAAUUUGUCAGAAAGGCUAAGGAGGACUUCCUUCCAGCGCAUGUGAAGAGAAUCAAAGACCUUCUGGCAAAGAUGCCAGACCCUCAAGAAGGGUCGGUCACAUCAGCUCCGAUAAGUGAGCAGGAUCAGCCAGAAGGGUCGGUCACGUCGACAUUUGAAGAAACUCGAGAGAUGGAGAAUCGGACGCAGGAAGACGAAGGGCUGGGGCGAAAGCGCCGUCGGAUGUUAGAGGAACUUAGAGAUCGGAGGACGAGGGUGGAGCAGGUAUGCAAGAUAUUCGAAGACGAGAGGGAGCAGUUGGACCAGGAAAUCGAGAGACUCGGAGGAUAA